AUGAUGCAUCAUGGAAUUGGUUUUUGGAAGGAUAACUGGGCGGGUUGUGGCUUGCUUGAGGAAUUUUCCGCUAUUCCCCUCUCUGAAGACAUGCUGUUAUGGACAGUGCGAGAUUUUAUGUCUGACCAUGGAUGGAAUCUUGAUGCUCUUGAGCAGGUCUUACCUACGGAAAUUGUGCAAAGGAUUUGUGCUAUCCAUACUGGAUUUGAGUCUCAAAGAAAUGAUAAAUGCAUAUGGGGUUUAUCAAAUAAUGGCUCUUUUUCUGUUAAAUCUGCUUACCUUUCCUUCUUUGAUGGUGCAGAUAUUGUGCCUUGGCCUUGGGACUUUAUCUGGAAGCUGUGCUUGCCCCCAAAGUUAAAAACCUUUGUUUGGCUAAUUGGGCAUGGCAAAAUUCUUACUAAUGUUCAAAGGGAGAAGAGAUUGAUGACAACUAAUCCUAACUGCCACAAAUGCCUUUCUCUUCCUGAGACUAUGGAUCAUGUUUUUAGAGGAUGUAGUUUUGCUCUUAAGAUACGGAAUUUCAUAAAGGUUCCCUUUGAUGUUCUUCACUCUUUCUCCUUAGGCUUUACUGAUUGGCUAAGAAUCAACCUGAAGAGCAAGAUUAUGCUCUCUGGCAACCUUCCUUGGACACUUGUUUUUACGGCCUCUAUUUGGCAUUGUUGGAAAUGGAGAUGUAACUCUAUCUUUAACCCUGGCUAUGAGCCUCCUCCCAACCCCCCUCACACUAUUCUGCAAUUUUCUAGUGAAUGGCUUGAUGCCAAUAAUGUGGUCAAUGCUAAGCCUACUAGAGAGGUCAUCCAAGUCCGUUGGAGUCUUCCUACCCUUAGCAAUUUCAAAUUGAAUGUGGAUGGCAGCUGUAAAACUGAUUCUUGGAAGAUUUGUGCUGGUGGUUUGCUAAGGGACUCUAAUGGAGCAUGGAUCUGUGGGUUCUCUGCCAAUAUUGGGAUUGGAAAUAUUUAUGAGGCUGAGCUAUGGAGUCUCUUUAGAGGUUUGCAUAGGCUUGGGACAAGGGCAUUAGACUGCAAGUUGUUACUUAAACGUAAUUGGAGAUGCAAUGUCUCUCACAUCUACAAGGAGCAAAACAGAGCAACUGAUCACCUUGCUAACUUGGGGUAUGAGUUACCCUUGGGGCUUCAUAUCUAUGAAUAUGCUCCUAUCUCCCUCUCAAGCUUUCUACUGGAUGAUGAAAUAGGAAGAGCCCAAAGUAGGGCUGUGCCUUGUUAA